CCAACCUGCACGAUAAAUAAAUUGCCAAUUUUUUGACAGCUUUCGUUUGUUCGGCAUUCACCUAAGCAAGCAAAUCAAAAAGUGUUUUGUCAUUUUCCUCAGUUAAAUUAAAACAAUUUGCAUUUGGAAAACUCCAUAAAUUCCAAUCAUUUCAUUUUAUAAAGAUGUUUCUCACCCGGUCUGAAUACGAUAGAGGAGUAAACACCUUCUCCCCAGAAGGUCGUCUGUUCCAAGUUGAAUAUGCAAUUGAAGCCAUUAAGUUAGGAUCUACCGCGAUCGGAAUUUCCACUCCUGAAGGAGUCGUUUUGGCGGUCGAAAAACGUAUCACCUCACCCUUGAUGGAACCCGGUACAGUCGAAAAGAUCUCCGAAGUAGACAAGCACAUCGGUUGCGCCACUUCUGGACUUAUGGCCGAUGCUCGUACCCUCAUCGAUCGGGCUCGUGUCGAAUGUCAGAACCACUGGUUUGUCUACAACGAACGUAUGACCAUUGAGUCGUGCGCUCAAGCUGUCUCAACUCUGGCCAUUCAAUUCGGUGACAGUGGAGACGGUGGCUCUGCCAUGAGUCGGCCCUUUGGCGUUGCUAUUCUGUUCGCUGGAAUCGAAGAUGGCAAACCCCAACUGUGGCAUAUGGAUCCAUCUGGCACGUACAUUCGAUAUGGAGCUAAGGCGAUUGGUUCGGGUAGCGAAGGAGCCCAGCAGAACUUGCAGGACAACUACACAAAAGAGAUGACUCUCAAUGAAGCCAUCGAAUUGGCUCUCAACACCCUCAAACAAGUCAUGGAAGAAAAACUCAAUUCGACGAAUGUCGAAGUGAUGACCAUGACACCAGAUGCACUCUUCCGCAUGUACACCAAGGAAGAAGUGGAACAAGUGAUUACCAAGCUUGUUUAGGGCUGUUUCUUCUUCUAUCUUGAAGUUGUCUCAUUUUUAAAUGUUUGGUUUGGCUGAGGAGAUGAGAUUUUUGUUUAUAACAAGAAGAAAAAAGAAAAUUUUAAAUUUUCAUUUGCUGCUUGUGGUACUCGUAUUUUUUUUCUAAACAAAUAAAUAAAAAAAUAAUUAUCCAGUUUAUAAAA